CAGGCAGAUUUCUUCAAAAAGACGACACUGCCUUUGGUCAAGUCUUUGCUCAGCGGAUCUAGCGGUCUCAUCUUUACGUACGGCGUGACGAAUAGCGGCAAGAGCUACACUGUCCAGGGCGUACCUGGCGAAGGAGGCGCUGGGAUCUUGCCCAGGACGGUGGAUGUGAUUUUCAACUCCAUCGAUGGAUUGCAAAGCGAGAGUGACCUUCGACCAAAAGGUUAUUCUGGCGUGGAGCGCAUGGCAGCUUCGCCCACGGAGGAUGCAGCGCAGGGCAACAUGGGCAGCGGCAUCAAUCCCUACGCCUUCAGAUCCUUUGCUCGCAUGCUACAAAAAGCCGACAGCGCCUCUCAGCUCUUUCCAGCCGAUGGUCUCGCGCAGUGGGAAAAGGAGAAGUGCAAGAUCCAAGUGGACAGAAAUUGGCGUUACAGCAUCUGGGUGUCGUACGUAGAAAUUUACAAGGAGAGGAUCUUCGACUUGUUGGAUGUCGACCCGACGGAUCAAUCUGGAAGUCGUUUCGCUUCCAGCUUCAGCAUCAGCAAUUUGGCGUCCGCCAGCUCUGGACACUUUUCGUCGGACGGAAGACGUCAGAUAGCUUUCGAUAGAGCUCCGCUCUCGUUGGUCAAGGAUCCAGAGACGGGCAACAAGUACGUGCAUGGAGCGCGAGAGAUACGAGUGAGGAACGCGGAAGAGGCUAGAUCUUUGAUUGUGCGAGGAGGACAGAAUAGGGCCAUGUUUGCCACCGCUACCAACUCGACCUCCAGUCGAUCGCACGCCAUAUUUACGCUCCGCGUGGUCAGGGAACACGGAAGCAUGAAGCAAGGCGAUACGUCGGACGUCACCACCGCAAGACUCAGUAUCGUGGAUCUAGCGGGAAGCGAGAGGCAGGCGAAUAGCAAGACGGAACAACCUCAGUUGAAGGAAGCUGGUCAGAUCAAUCAUGGACUGGUCUGCCUCGGUCAGUGCCUCAAGGCUCUGAGAAAGAACCAAGCGAGAGCGGCAGCUUCUGUGCAGGCUCUCAAUCCCAUCGCUUCUGCCCGCAUGGAAGCACGGAGAAGACCUUCCAUCGUGCCUUUCAACCACUCCAAGUUGACAGAAGUCUUUUCCUCCUUUUUCACGGGAGAUGGACAAGCGGUGAUGAUCCUAAAUCUGAACCCUCAUACGGAGUACAGAGAAAAUCAUCCGGUAUUGGAGAUGAGCGCUUGCGUGCAGGACGUAUCUACUAGCGUACGCACCAAUCCUCAAUUGCUCGUCGUACAUCCCAACAUCGCAAGACGCGCCGAGCUGUUCAGUCAUUCUCAAAGCAAUUUGGCAGGUGGCGAUAUGACGUCGGCACAAGCUCAAACGCAGACGCAGACGCACGCACAGAUUCGUAAGCAGCAGCCGAGCUCGCACCAGAACAAGGAUUUGUACGACGAUGAGGAUGUGGAGAUUACGAUUGUGGAAGGGCAAGGUGCAGAGGAUGAGGAUGAAGAAGGCGUAGAUCCUUUUGUUGCAAAACUCAAGGAAAAGUACGAGGAGAUGUACGAUUUGCUGUGCGAAGCGGAAGAGCGCCUGGCUACCAUCGAGAGCGAUGUGCGAGCAGAGAUGGCGGACGAGAUGACGCGCAGACUGCAAGAGAUGGAGCUGGCCUACUCUCAGAGAUUGUUGGCCGAUGCCGAGGACAAUGAGAACUUUGUCAAUAGGAAAAUCGACUUGCUCUUGAAGGCCAAUCGCGGUGCUGGUGCGAGCGGCAUUAGAAGCUCUAAGAUGGCGCCUGCUGAAACGCCGGGAAGGAAGCAGGAAAGACGAGAUGCGGAAGAAGUCGAGGCUACGCUCGCUGUGAGUGUUUCUUUGAAGUGCAUCAAAUGUGCUCCGCGUCUUUCUCCUGCUCACACAGCCAAAGCACCGUCGACCUUCUUUCGAAUAGGCGCUGCAAGAGGAAGAUUCGUUGGUCAGCCAAGAUGA